UGGUGGCCGGGAGUGCCGCCGUGCCUGGCAGCAGUCCCUGGGGCGGGCCGGGCCAGGCCAGAGCGCUCACGUGGGUUGAGCCUGGCGCACUCUUCCUCUGGCCUCUGGGUCAUUUUGUCCGGGCUGGGGCAGCGCGUCCCCCAUCUCUGUGUCUUCACCUUCAUAGCGAUCUCCGGAGCUCUGAGGAGAAAGGGAGUACCCAGUGAAGAAUGUGAUGGGAUCACUAGCAUGUCUGUGGAGAGCGGCCCUGGGACGAGAUUGAGAAAUCUGCCCGUAAUGGGGGAUGGACUAGAAACUUCCCAAAUGUCUACAACGCAGGCCCAGGCCCAACCCCAGCCAGCCAACACAGCCAGCACCAAUCCUCCACCCCCGGAGACCUCCAACCCCAACAAGCCCAAGAGGCAGACCAACCAACUGCAAUAUCUGCUCAGAGUGGUGCUCAAGACACUAUGGAAACACCAGUUUGCGUGGCCUUUCCAGCAACCUGUGGACGCCGUCAAGCUAAACCUCCCUGAUUACUAUAAGAUUAUUAAAACACCUAUGGAUAUGGGAACAAUAAAGAAGCGCUUGGAAAACAACUAUUACUGGAAUGCUCAGGAAUGUAUCCAGGACUUCAACACUAUGUUUACAAAUUGUUACAUCUAUAACAAGCCUGGAGAUGACAUAGUCUUAAUGGCAGAAGCUCUGGAGAAACUCUUCUUGCAAAAAAUCAACGAACUACCCACAGAAGAAACUGAGAUCAUGAUAGUCCAGGCAAAAGGAAGAGGACGCGGGAGGAAAGAAGCAGGGACAGCAAAACCUGGCGCCUCUACGGUACCAAACACAACUCAAGCAUCAACUCCUCCGCAGACCCAGACCCCUCAGCAGAAUCCUCCACCUGUGCAGGCCACGCCUCACCCCUUUCCUGCUGUUACCCCAGACCUCAUCGUCCAGACCCCUGUUAUGACAGUGGUGCCUACCCAGCCACUUCAGACGCCCCCACCAGUGCCCCCCCAGCCACAACCCCCUCCCACUCCAGCCCCCCAGCCUGUGCAGAGCCACCCACCCAUCAUUGCGGCCACCCCACAGCCUGUGAAGACAAAGAAGGGGGUGAAGAGGAAAGCAGACACCACCACCCCUACCACCAUCGAUCCCAUUCAUGAGUCACCCUCACUGCCCCCGGAGCCUAAGACCACCAAGCUGGGCCCCCGGAGGGAGAGCACUCGGCCCGUGAAACCCCCAAAGAAGGAUGUGCCCGACUCACAGCAGCAUCCAGCACCAGAGAAGAGCAGUAAAGUCUCAGAGCAGCUCAAGUGCUGCAGUGGUAUCCUCAAGGAGAUGUUUGCCAAGAAGCAUGCCGCCUACGCCUGGCCCUUCUACAAGCCUGUGGACGUAGAGGCACUCGGCCUGCAUGACUACUGUGACAUCAUCAAGCAUCCCAUGGACAUGAGCACAAUCAAGUCCAAACUGGAGGCCCGUGAGUACCGUGAUGCUCAGGAAUUUGGUGCUGAUGUCCGAUUGAUGUUCUCCAACUGCUAUAAGUACAACCCUCCUGACCAUGAGGUGGUGGCCAUGGCCCGAAAGCUCCAGGAUGUGUUUGAAAUGCGCUUUGCCAAGAUGCCAGAUGAGCCUGAGGAGCCAGUGGUGGCUGUGUCCUCCCCAGCAGUGCCCCCUCCCACCAAGGUUGUGGCCCCGCCUUCAUCCAGCGACAGCAGCAGUGAUAGCUCCUCGGAUAGUGACAGUUCCACUGAUGACUCUGAGGAGGAGCGAGCUCAGCGGUUGGCUGAGCUCCAGGAGCAGCUCAAAGCCGUGCAUGAGCAGCUUGCAGCCCUCUCGCAGCCCCAGCAGAACAAACCAAAGAAAAAGGAGAAAGACAAGAAGGAAAAGAAAAAGGAAAAGCACAAAAAGAAAGAGGAAGUGGAGGAGAAUAAGAAAAGCAAAGCCAAGGAACUUCCUCCCAAAAAGACAAAGAAAAAUAACAGUAGCAACAGCAACACAAGCAAGAAGGAGCCAGCACCCAUGAAAAAUAAGCCCCCUCCUGCAUACGAGUCGGAAGAGGAGGACAAAUGCAAGCCCAUGUCAUAUGAGGAGAAGCGGCAGCUUAGCCUAGACAUCAACAAGCUGCCUGGAGAGAAACUGGGCCGUGUAGUGCACAUCAUCCAGUCGCGGGAGCCUUCACUCAAGAACUCAAACCCCGAUGAGAUUGAGAUUGACUUUGAGACCCUGAAACCGUCCACGCUACGUGAAUUAGAGCGCUAUGUCACUUCCUGUUUGCGGAAGAAAAGGAAACCUCAAGCUGAGAAAGUUGAUGUGAUUGCUGGCUCCUCUAAGAUGAAGGGCUUCUCAUCCUCAGAGUCGGAGAGCUCCAGUGAGUCCAGCUCUUCUGACAGUGAAGACUCCGAAACAGAGAUGGCUCCGAAGUCAAAAAAGAAGGGGCACCCUGGGAGGGAGCAAAAGAAGCACCAUCACCACCACCAUCAGCAGAUGCAGCAGGCCCCAGCCCCUGUACCCCAGCAGCCACCCGCGCCACCACAGCAGCCCCAGCCCCCUCCCCCUCCACAGCAGCAGCAACAGCAGCAGCAGCCCCCACCCCCACCAGCCCCACCCUCCCUGCCACAGCAAACAACUCCUGCGAUGAAGUCCUCGCCCCCACCCUUCAUUGCCACCCAGGUGCCUGUCCUAGAGCCCCAGCUCCCGGGUAGCGUCUUUGACCCCAUCGGCCACUUCACCCAGCCCAUUCUGCAUCUGCCGCAGCCCGAGCUGCCCCCUCACCUGCCCCAGCCGCCUGAGCACAGCACUCCACCCCAUCUCAACCAGCAUGCAGUAGUCUCUCCUCCAGCUUUGCACAAUGCGCUGCCCCAGCAGCCAUCACGGCCCAGCAACCGAGCUGCUGCCCUGCCUCCCAAGCCUGCCCGGCCCCCAGCUGUGUCACCUGCCCUGGCCCAGCCCCCAUUGCUCCCACAACCCCCCAUGGCUCAACCCCCUCAAGUGCUACUAGAGGAUGAAGAGCCACCUGCCCCACCCCUCACCUCCAUGCAGAUGCAGCUGUACCUGCAACAGCUGCAGAAGGUGCAGCCCCCUGCACCACUACUCCCUUCUGUGAAGGUGCAGUCCCAGCCCCCACCCCCUUUGCCCCCCCAGCCCCAUCCCUCUGUUCAGCAGCUACAGCAGCAGCCACCUCCCCCACCACCACCCCAGCCCCAGCCCCCACCCCAGCAGCAGCACCAGCCCCCGCCUCGGCCUGUACACUUGCAGCCCAUGCAGUUCCCCACCCACAUCCAGCAGCCCCCACCACCCCAGGGCCAGCAGCCUCCCCAUCCACCCCCAGGCCAGCAGCCACCCCCACCUCAGCCUGCCAAGCCUCAACAAGUCAUCCAGCAUCAUCCUUCACCCCGUCAUCACAAGUCAGACCCCUACUCAACUGGUCAUCUCCGUGAAGCUCCCUCCCCGCUUAUGAUACAUUCCCCCCAGAUGCCACAGUUCCAGAGCCUGACCCACCAGUCUCCACCCCAGCAAAAUGUCCAGACUAAGAAGGAGCUGCGUACAGCUUCUGUGGUCCAGCCCCAGCCCCUUGUGGUGGUGAAGGAGGAGAAGAUUCACUCACCCAUCAUCCGUAGUGAGCCCUUCAGCCCCUCGCUGCGGCCGGAACCCCCCAAGCACCCGGAGAGCAUCAAGGCUCCCGUCCACCUGCCCCAGCGGCCAGAGAUGAAGCCUGUGGACGUUGGGAGGCCAGUGAUCCGGCCCCCUGAGCAGAAUGCACCCCCGCCAGGGGCCCCUGACAAGGAUAAACAGAAACAGGAGCCAAAAACUCCAGUUGCACCUAAAAAGGACCUGAAAAUCAAGAACAUGGGUUCCUGGGCCAGUCUGGUACAGAAGCAUCCAACCACCCCAUCCUCCACAGCCAAGUCAUCGAGUGACAGCUUUGAGCAGUUUCGUCGCGCUGCUCGGGAGAAGGAGGAGCGUGAGAAGGCUCUGAAGGCCCAGGCUGAGCAUGCUGAGAAGGAGAAGGAGCGGCUUCGACAGGAGCGCAUGAGGAACCGAGAAGAUGAAGAUGCGCUGGAACAGGCCCGGCGGGCCCAUGAGGAAGCACGCCGGCGCCAGGAGCAGCAGCAACAGCAGCGCCAGGAGCAGCAGCAGCAACAGCAGCAGCAGCAGCAACAGGCAGCAGCAGUAGCUGCUGCCGCUGCCCCCCAGGCCCAGAGCUCCCAGCCCCAGUCCAUGCUGGACCAGCAGAGGGAACUGGCCCGGAAGCGGGAGCAGGAGCGAAGGCGCCGGGAAGCGAUGGCAGCUACCAUUGACAUGAACUUCCAGAGUGAUCUAUUGUCAAUAUUUGAAGAAAAUCUUUUUUGAGAGCACCUAGGUGACUUCUGACAUUGAUUUUCUGGUAAAACGUUGACUUUCCAUAGUGUUAGGGGCGGCAGUGGAGGCAGUAGCAGCAGCCAGGGGGUGCCUCUGGGCCUGGCCCUCCUGCAUGCUAUGCCCUGGGCAGGCCUGAUGGCAGCUGAGGAUUGCAAAGCCUGUCUGCCUUACGGCCAGCCGGACAGAUGUCCUGCCACCUGCCACCCUGCACAGGACGUCAGAGCACGCCUUGUUAUGAGCAAGUGCCGGCCGGACCCAAGCCCUGCGUCCCAGGUGUGGGGCAGAGGCCCUUCUCUCCGCCAAAUGUCUACACAGUAUACACAGGACAUCGUUGCUGCCGCCACCGUGACUGGUUUUCUGUCCCUGACAAGAUGAUGUUUGUGAUGUCCUGCCCACCAGGAGUUCUUCCCCACACCCCAGCCUUUGCCGCCCACUCCAUGGAGGCCAGGGCAGGCCCGUGUGGGCUGGUGGUGGGCAAGGCAGGCCCACCCCCUUGCUGGCACUGACUUUGCCUUGAACAGAUCCCACCCCUCCCCUCCCCCCACAAGCCUUUAAUCGAGAGCCGCUCUCUGUAAGUGUUCGCUUGUGCAAAAGGGAAUAGUGCCGUGGAGGUGUGUGUGUGUCCAUGGCAUUUUGGGGCAAGGUAACUGUCCCAUGCGUGUGUGGGCAGGCCUUGCCUAGGGAGUGAGGCCACCAACCAAAGUCAGUUCCUUCCCACCUGUGUUUCUGUUUUUUUUUUUUCCCCCUAUAUAUAUUUUUUUUGUUGUUGAAUUCUAUUUUAUUUUUAAUUCUUUCUUCUCCUCCAGACACAAUGGCACUGCUUAUCUCCAAAAUGGUGUGAUCGUCUCCUCAUUGAGCAGCGGCUACCACCGCGCUGUGGGUAGUGUGUGACCGUGGCUGUACUGUAUAGUGAACAUAGUUGGCAUAUCUUUGUUGGAAGUUUGUUGGUGACUCCACCAAACGGAUGUUAAAAAAAAAAGAAAAAAAACCUAAAAAAAAAUCCACAAAAAGAACAAAAUGCAAAAAAAGCCUGCCUAUAUUUUACUCAGUUUCAAACUUUAUUAGUCUAUUUUUAAUUAUAAAACCAGAAAGCUGCGAUUUCUUUUCUUUCCCCUUCUCUCCUCCUCCCCCUCCCCCAUUUGUUGGCUUGUUUUUUAAUGUCAAAUCUGUUUGAGUUGUUUUUUUUUACUAAUAAAGGAAGGGCCAGGGGACAAAGUGGGCACCAGGCGCUGUGGGGGCAGGGGUACCACAGACCGAGGCAGAGGCUCCUCAGCCCUGCGCCCAGACCCAAACAGCUGGCUGCCCCUUCCCACACUUUUUUUAAUUUUGUAAUUGGAGCCCUUGGUGAGGUUAUGCGUGCCAUGAGAGCCCACUCUACCACCACAACGCUGGUGCCUCAGUGUUGGCCAAACUUUGGAGUCACUGACUGGUUUGACUUUCAUACAGUGAAUAUGCAUUUGGUCUGUACUGAUCAUGGAAUAAACACAUCUCUCUUUUUUAAUGACGGUGUCUCCCUGACAUUUCUUUGUGAACCAACUGUUGCCUAGGCUAGGCCCAGGGGCUCCCCUGGACCCCAGACCACCUCUGUACAAGAAUGCCUCUUUCUGGUAGCCUGUCCCUGCUUUCCUGGGAACAGAGAGCCUCUCAGGCUCAUAACAGCCACCCCAAGCUGAAGCUGUGACGUGGAGCCCAGGCACCCAUUCUUACAGACCCUAACCUAGGUGGGUGACAUGCUUCAGCAGAACUCUGGCCAAACUCCAGAUAGUAUUCUUCUCCUUCACCUUCCUUCAUCCUGGUCUCCCAUUCACCAAAGGACUUGGGCCACUUCUACCUUGCUUGCCUCUACCUAACUCCUUUCAUUUAAGCUCAGGGUUAAUCAGAUAUUCUUAGAUAAGUGUACAUCCCCCCAAAUAGGAUCCUCAUCCCCCCCAUGCACAUACACAUACACAUUCCAAGAAUGCCACAUCCCAAGAAUGCCCACAAGUGGCCUCCCAGUCAGCCCUGCCUAUGUGCCCACCUGUAUGCACAUGCCCUACCCACAGGUACAGGUGGUGCCCAAGAACAGCCCCUAGGAUGUAAAAUACAAGUAUGUAAUUUAUAUGUAUGCUGAGACAAACUGAAACAUUUCUAGCACUGUUACAUUAACUUACAUCCCCCUUUUUCAACCUGAAAGGCCCGUUAUUGUCUUACAUUUAGGUCUGACAGCAAGGCUGUAGAGUUCAGGCAUCCAGCCAAGGGCCCCUUGCUUCCUUUAUGUUCCUGCCCACCCAGGCACUUCCUUAUAUAUCACUGUGCUGGUUCAAGUGUGACAUUUUGGUUCUUUGGGGUUUCUUCCAUCUCAUCCCACCUCCUUGUUUUUGUUGGUGGUUUUGUUCAGAAACUUCCCCAGGCUGGUCCAACUGUUGAGCUGGAGAGAUGGUUUUAUAUGCACCUUCCUGCUGAAGAUUUGAACUCUGCCAUGGCCUUCUCCACACCUCCCUGAUGGGUGUUCUCUAACUGGGUUGUAAUUAGAACUGGGAUCUAUUUAAUUUCUCCAGCCAUUUCCCAAUCCUUCCCACAGUACUAGAAAUUUUAGACUUAUACAAGAGUAAGAGGUGUGUACAAGCUCCCACUGUACUGUAUGCACGGAUCGCUUGGCCAAUAAUUAUGUCAGUGAAUCUGAGACUUGUAUUAAACACUUUAGACAUUUGUAGAAGGGAAUUCGUAGACUUUUCACUUAUAUACUAAAGGUUUUUUUUUUUUGUGCAGUUCUCAUUGCAAAAAUAAACAUUUGUACUGAAUAUAAA